CCAGAACGUAAAUAUUUGGGCUUAGAGUCACCGGAAGGUCACGGGGCUCUGACAUAGAGCAGCCAGACGACGGGCACCAGCUGGAGGCGGAUGUUCCGAGGUGGAGAAAAGCCCAUUUGUAUGGCGCGGGUCGCUACGGUACAAUCCGGUUUCCGCAGUUAACGGAUGGUGAUUUCAUUGCAACAGUGACAAAGGUGGUGCGAACAAAUCCGCUGGUCAACGAUUCGCAAGCAGAACCUCCAAGUGAACCAUUCGCAACGCGCUAGCCUCGUUUAUUCGUUUGGUGCUGGCUGCGUUCCAAUUACGCUUUGCCACUUAAAAUCAUUUGGUAGAGGCAAAUCUUCAAGUUAGCUGCAACAAACGGUGAUCGGUAAACCAACACACUCAGGCCGGCAUUGUGACAAAGCAUCAACAAAUGUGAGAAGCCCACGUUGCAUCAAUCCAGUCUAAAACACCAGUGUUUAUAAGUGUUAUUUUGUGUGUACCAACGCAAGAUCAGAUAGUGAAAUUUUAAUCCUUGUUGCAAACGACUUACUGUUAAACAUGGCAGACGAGUUUGAUGCGUGUGAGUGCUUCUGGAGCCAUGAAAUCGCCAUGAGGAGGCUGUUAUCGUUGCUCCGCCAGGGACAAUCUUACUGUAAUGAUAAUGAAUGUACUGAUCUUCCCAGUCUCCCAAACAUCGCCGGUGGCCCAAACUUUUUCCUAAUCUUCGUGGCUCUAAUUUUCAUGGCGAUCAUGUUCGUGAUGAGGCCAUCGUCAAUGCGACGAAGGAACGACCUAAACAAGGCGCUGCCUCCACCAUCCAAUGAUGAUUCAAACAAUGAUGGUGCUCCUCCUUCGGUGUCCUGAAAAAAUUCAACCAUUCGCACAAGUAACAAGCACAAUUGGAAUCGACUACCUUCAUCAAUUCUGCCAAAGAUGGUGAUGAAGUACAUUGAUACAAGGUAUAGCACAAUUUCCUUUUUGAAACUAUGAACCUGAUUGAAUUUGCGACGGCAAGAAGGUUUUUCUCCAAACAAAUAAGAUUAUGCAACAGUAUGCGAUUUUACAACAGACCAUUCUUCCACAAUACUUAGUUCAAUGAAUUUCAAAUAGCUUCCAUUUUACGUAUUGAUAUCAAAUUUUCAGGAUAUUGGAAUGUAGGCGAUUCGAUUCGAAUCAAUUCCGUUUGCUCAUUUAAUUUGCUCCAAUUUGAUCUCGGCAUGGAUUCUUAGAAUGCAUGUAGCGAUUGAACAAUGUGAUUUUUUUUGCAAUUUCCAUCUUUCAAAUGUUAUACGUUUAAUUGUUUCUACAUUUUUCUUUGUUUGUUCAUUGUUUAUUCUGCAAUAAAAUGAAGUCGUAAUUCACUAUGCCAUGUGCAUCUGCAAAUACAAGUGUACUGAUACAAACAGCAACAUACUGUUCAGUGUUCAGCAUCUUGGAAUGACAUACGAACAGUACCUCUAGAUUCAAACAUACACUUUGUGGUUUUUUAAUCAAUUGAUAGUUUGAAGUACUCCACGAAUGUUAUCAAACAAUACUAAAUUCAUAAGUAGCCAAAUUUUUUAUCAGAUUAUAUUCCAUCUGCACAAAGUUUGUUCAAAAUACAUGCUGAUGAAUUCUGUACACUCGGUACAAAUGGUAAUAGAUAACGAAUCGAUUUCUAUCCCGUAAGAAAAAACAUGUUUUAAUCCGAGAUGGGAAAAUAAAGCCAACAAAUGCG